ACUUAAAUAUAUCACAUGAGAGCACCCACCAACCACCAUGCGGUGUCCAAACUGUACCAGCAGCCUAUUUUCCUCAGUUACUCCAACCCACAACCGCAGAGGUUUACAGAGUUCUACCUGACCCCCUACACCAGAAUUGGACCCUUCGUCGUCGGAGUUUUGGCUGGCUACCUCAUGGCGCGACACGGCGGCCAGAUCGCCAUGAAAUGGUACGUGGUGGUCAUUGGUUGGGCCGUUGCCGUGGCAACUGGCCUCGCUGUUGUUUAUGGUAUCCAUGGCGACAUCACUGCUAAGGACCCCAGCUCUACAGAAGUCGCCGCUCUCUACAACGCUUUGGCCAGGUCGGCGUGGGCUGUCGCCGUCAGCUGGGUCAUCAUUGCCUGUACAUCGGGAUACGGAGGUGAGAAGUACUGUCCCCGUGGUUUUAUGCACCCCGCAUAACUUAGCAAACUUUGAUCACUUUUUUUGGCAC